AGAGAGAAGAGGGGAGGGAGAAAGAGGAGGAGAGGAACAUCGACCGGCUGCCUCCUGUGCGCCCGCCGACGGGGACCAGACCCUCUGCUCUGUGCCUUCGGGUCCUGAACCUGGAGUUUUGGAGCAGGUCACGCGGCGGGAAAUAGCCGUCCGGUCGCCUCGGCACCGGUUUGGCAGGCUCCUCCUGCCCGGCCCUGUCCUGCCGCCGGAACCCCGAGGAGGAGGCCGCAGCCACGCCUGGCCACCCGGCCCAGGGGAGGGGACUCUGGGUGCCCUUCCACGGCGAGCAGUCCCGGCGCAGACGGACGUGAGCAUUUCGCGGCACCGGGCGCCGGCCAGGGCAGCCUGUCACCCCAAGUGACGAGAACCGAGUCACAGGCACUCUCGGGCGGGCGGAGAGACGCGUCCCGACCGUGCACAGGGCGUCGGGGCAGCACCCAGCGUGCCGGGAGGAGGAGCACACGGCCACGCCCAGCCCGCGGCCAGGGAGAGAGCUCCUGCGCCGCGCGUGUGCGCGCAUCCGUGACUCGGGCAAAGGCAUGGCGGAGCUGCGCCGCACCGAGUCCUCGCUGACGGCGCUGGACGAGGAGACGCUGUGGGACAUGACGGAGAGCCACCGCUGCCGGAUCGUGAGCAGCAUCUGCCCCAGCCGCCUCACGCCCUACCUGCGGCAGGCCAAGGUGCUGGGGCAGCUGGACGAGGAGGAGGUGCUGCACAGCCCCCGGCUCACCAACAGCGCCAUGAGGGCUGGACACCUGCUGGACCUGCUGAGGACGCGCGGGAAGAACGGGGCCGUCGCCUUCCUGGAGAGCCUCAAGUUCCACAACCCCGACGUCUACACGCUGGUCACCGGGCUGCAGCCGGACAUGGACGGCAGCAGCUUCAGCGGGCUCAUGGAGACGUCCAAGCUGACCGCGUGCCUGGCCGGGGCCAUCGGCAGCCUGCAGGAGGAGCUGAGCCAGGAGAAGGGGCAGAGGCAGGCGCUGGCGCAGCAGUGCCGGCGUCUGCAGGAGCGGCUGCGCGAGGCCGAGGCCCGCGCCGAGGGCCUGCGGCAGCUGGAGGCGGACCACGGGCGCAUGAAGCGGGAGGUCAGCGCCCACUUCCACGAGGUGCUGAAGCUGAAGGACGAGAUGCUCAGCCUGUCGCUGCACUACAGCAGCGCGCUGCAGGAGAAGGAGCUGGCCGCCACGCGCUGCCGCGGCCUGCAGGAGGAGCUGUACCUGGCGCAGCAGGAGCUGCAGCGUGAGCGGCUGUCCGCCUCCUGCGAGCGGGAGUUCCGGGAGCGGUCGCUGAGGCUGGCCGACGGCCCGGAGCCGGGGGCCGAGGAGCUGAGCCGCCUGAAGCAGGAGAACGAGAAGCUGCGCUCGCUGACUUUCAGCCUGGCGGAGAAGGACAUCCUGGAGCAGAGCCUGGACGAGGCCCUGGAGAGCAAGCAGGAGCUGGUGGACCGCAUCCACUCCCUGAGGCAGCGGGCGGCGGCCGCCGAGAGGCAGCGGAAGCAGUACUGGGAGGAGAAGGAGCAGACCCUGCUGCAGUUCCAGAAAAGCAAGGUGGACUGCGAGAUCUACAGGGAGAAGAUGACCGCCCUGCAGAGCCAGCUGGCGGAGCUGCAGAAGGAGCGGGACCAGGCCUACUCGGCCCGGGACGCGGCCCAGGUGGAGAUCUCUCGGAACCUGGCGGAGAAGGACGCCCUCCGCAGGAAAGCCUUCGAGCUGACGGACCAGGUCUGCGACCUGCGCCAGCACCUGCGCCGGCUGCAGGCCGAGUCCUCGCCAGCGCCCAAGCGGGAAGCGGGGCCGCGGGAGCCCGGCCGGCGGGGGAAGCAGCGGCUGGUGCGCAUGUUUGCCGUCUGCCCCCGGGACGACAGCGACGGCAGCUGCCUCAGCUCCUCCGAGUCCCAGCUCUGGUCCGACCUGAGCGCCUCGUCCAGCCGCGAGCUGGUGGACAGCUUCCGCUCCAGCAGCCCCGUGCCUCCCAGCCAGCUGUCCCUGUAUAAGCGGGCGGCAGAGGACCUGCGGGACGAGGACGAGCCCUGGUCCUUCAGCGGCUUCCCGGAGCCCCUGGAGGCGGACCGGGGGGCCUCCCCGGGCCCGGCAGCGGGCGAUGCGGACCUGGAUUACGAGAUCGUGGACAGAGCAGUGCAGGCACGCGGCCAGGGUUCCGCCCGGCGGGCUUGUUCGGGUGAAGCUGGAGGUCCCGAUUCUAGACCCCCUGCCUUUGAGGAGGUGCGGGCAGCCCGCACGCGCCACGAGGGACCCGGUGCAGACCUUCUGGAGCCGGAGAGCUGCCCGCAGCCCACCUCCGGGAGCCUCUGCGUCUCGGCCAGUGCCCCCGUGCGGCGCAGGCCGGCCCGGAAGGUCCCGAGCCAGGUCACGGUGGUGGCCUUCCAGGGGGAUGCGCUGCUGGAGCAGAUCGGCGUCGUCGGCGGGAACCGCACCGGCAUCUUCAUCCACCGGGUCACCCCGGGCUCGGCGGCCGACGAGAUGGCCCUGCGCCCGGGCACCCAGAUCGUGAUGGUGGACUACGAGGCGAGGGAGCCCUCCUUCAAGGCCGUGCUGGAGGGCACGACGCUGGAGCAGGCCGUGGGACUCCUGCGGCGGGUGGACGGCUUCUGCUGCCUGUCCGUGAAGGUCAACACGGAGGGCUACAGGAAGCUGGUGCAGGACCUGGAGGCCAAAGCGGCUACCUCAGGGGACUCCUUCUACAUCCGGCUCAACCUGGCCUUGGAGGGGCGGGCGGAGGGGGAGCUGCAGGCGCACUGCGGCGACGUCCUGCACGUCACCGACACCAUGUUCCGGGGCGGCGGCUGCUGGCACGCCUGCCGCGUGGGCCCCUACAGCACGCAGCCGGGCGAGCGAGGCGCCGUCCCCAGCUACACGCGGGCCCAGCGGCUGCUCUUCGCCCUGCUCCAGGACAUGGCCCAGCAGAGCGCCGCCGCACGCAAGGUGAGGCGCAAGACCUCGGGGGGACCCCAGAAGUUGGUCCGCAUCGUCACUGUGGACAGAACCAAGGCCCGCCCCCCGUGCUCCUCCUCUGAUGCAGCCCAGUCAGACGCCGGCGGGCUGGGAGACCCCUCCCCCGGGAGCUUCUGGGCCGAGAGCAGCCUCACGCUGGCCCCCUACUCGCUGGUGCGCCCCCACCGGCCCGGCCGGCCGCGGCCCGUGCUCUUCGUGCCCAGGCUGCUGGGGAAGGUCCUGAGCGGGAAGCUCUGCCUCCUGCCGGGGUUCAGGAGGUGCCCUGCAGAGUACCUGAGCCAGGAGGAGUACGAGGCCGCUGACCAGAGAGGGGACAUUGUCCAGGAGCGCGAGGCCCCCGGGGGCCGGUACUGCGUGACCCGCCUGGCCGUGGAGCUCCUCAUGGAGAAGAACGCCCACGCCCUGCUGGACGGCCGGCUGGACAGCGUGCGCGCCCUGCACAGGGCGGACAUCUUCCCCAUCGUCGUCCACGUCUGCGUCAACGAGAAGGCGGCGAAGAGACUCAGGAAGGCCCUGCAGCGGCUGGGCGCUUCGGAGGAGCAGCUCCUGGAGGCCGGCCGGGAGGAGGAGGGCGAGCUGGACAGGGCACCCGGCCUGCACUGCAGCCUGGCCGCCGACGGCUGGAGCGACCUGGACUCCCUGCUGGGCUGCGUCCGCUUCGCCAUCUCGGACGAGCAGAAGAAGGUCGUGUGGACGGAGCAGGGCCCCCCCUGAGGCCCCAGCCCCUCCUGGGACUGCAGGGACCUCCUCAUCCCGCCCUCGGGGCCUCGCAGGCCCGGCUUCAGGCGCUCACGGGACAGGCCCCCGUCGGCUCCCUCCCUGGAGUCCCCCACGAACCUCGCCACCUGCAGGUCACAGCCGGCGUGCUGACCACCCCUCUGCGCCACCCUGGGCUCGCAGGGUCUGGGCCGGCCACCCGAGCACGUUCCCACCCUGGGGGUCCUCCAGCCCCUCCCCACGGCCGGAGGCCGGGCUCUGUCCCGAUAGCUGGCCUCUGGCCGGCCACUGCCCUUCCCUCUUGCACUUCGGUGUGGCCGGGGGGUCUGGCAGCCCCCGAGCCCCUGCCCGGAGCGAGCUUCCCUCGGCCCCAGGCGGCUGAGAUGCCCCAGUAACUCUCGUCCAGGGACUGUUCGCCCGUCAGUACCGUCUCCCGGUGAUGGAGAUGGUAUUUACACCAGGUUUGUGCCCACGGGCUGGCGUGCCCAGCCCGGGGACUGUGGGGGCCCUGGAGAAGGCCCCACGGACCCCUCUGCGGGGUGUCCUCCUCCUGGGGCCCAGGACUGCCCCCUCUACCCCACACCCCUGCCCCGGCUCCGCCCCCAGGGCUCUGGAGACAG